AUGGGAAAGAACCUUACUGAUGCGUUAAGUUCUGCUGUUUCGGGUAUGUUUAAUGGUACUCAGAAUGCCACGUCCAUUCCGACUUCUGCCAAUGGAACAGGAGGAUAUACAUCUACAUUAAGCGAAGCCAUCAGAGAAGCGGCAAACACAACCCUUAGCUCUAUUGCAGAGAUUGUGACAAAUGGUACUACUGGUAAUACAACUCAGCCAUCAUAUGUGAGUGCUACCACAAAUGGAACCACCCCUACAGAUCCUCCGUUUAACCCUGCUGUACCUAUUUUUUUAUCAAUAUUUCUCCUUAUUUCAAUUGCCAUAUGGGUGUUUAUAAUAUAUACGGAUAUUCGUGACACUAAAAAAGAUAAAAAAAUAGAAGAGAGGGAAUUAAAAGAACUAUUGAGGCUGCUAAGUGCAGAUUACGAAAAUGAGAGAAAUAAACGUCGUAGAAGAGCAAGGAGAAUUCGUUAUCAUGAUGAAGAAGGUAGUCUUGAGGAGGUUGAUGAAAAUAAUGAUAAAAGGGACGAUGGGGAUGAUAGUUCAAGUAAUGAUAAAAAGGACGAUGGGGAUGAUGGUGCAAGUAAAGAUAAAAAGGACGAUGAGGAUGAUGGUGAAAGUAAAGAUAAAAAGGACGAUGGGGAUGAUGGUGCAAGUAAAGAUAAACAGGACGAGGGGGAAGAUGGUGCAAGUAAAGAUAAAAAGGACGAGGGGGAAGAUCGUUAUCCUUCUAGUUCAGUUUUUGAUCCGUAUUUUUUAAGUGCAAUGAGAUUCUAA